GCAUCGUUCGAGUUUGACUCCCACACUCACAAUGAGCUGUCCGGACUGUUAUAAAGGCGCAGCCCUAUCUGGCGAACCCAAAGGAACGCUCUCGGACGUUAAUGGCGCAUACUUAGCUAGUGGUCCUACUGGCUCGUCCCACGCUGUGGUGCUACUAACCGAUAUCUUUGGUCUCGGCCCUCCCAAUCCCAAACUUCUGGCAGAUUUCUUCUCAGAGCAGCUUGGCUGCGACGUAUAUGUCCCCGACUUGUUCGAUGGAAAUCCACCCGUCAGGCCUGAACAGAUGAUCAUGCCAGAACGUGCAGGCCAAAGACCCUCCCUGUGGGGGUGGAUAAAGAUUAUUUUGGUCGUAUUACCCACUCUUCCGGCUAUAUUCCGCAAUAGGCCUUCGGUUACCGAUCAGAGAGUUCGAAGUUUCAUGGAUAAACUCAAAUCGACUAAGAACUAUGACAAAAUCGGGGCCGUGGGGUACUGCUUUGGUGGAGCCACUGCCAUUAGGUUUGGCUCCACUGGGUUCUUCGAUACCCUUGUCAUCUGCCAUCCCGGAAGAUUUAGUAUCGAUGAGCUGAAAGCCAUCAAGGUUCCCUCUUCUUGGGUAUGUGCUGAGGAUGACAUGAUUGUCAAUCAUGACUUCCGAUUGAAGGCAGAGGCAGCCAUGGCUGAACGGAAGGACGGAGUCGUGUAUGAGUUCAGAGACUAUAAGGGCACAACCCACGGCUUUGCAGCACGCCCAAACAUCGACUAUCCUGAGGUGAAGGAGGCAUAUGAAGGCGCCUUGCAGCAGACCGUGGAUUGGUUCAAGAAAACUUUAACUUCGAGCUCAUAAAGCGGUACCGAUUAGCGCUGGGUGAGAAUGCUUUUCGGCGAAGUAUUUAACGUGACAAUGGUUGCACCCUCCAUGUGAGGUUCAUCCUCACAUGUAAAUAACUGUGAGUUUCCCAUGAUGUCAUUGCGCGCCGCGCGGAAAAUUUUUGGAUUUUAACAUGUAAAUAACAUGUUAAAAAUGUGUGAUUUACAUGUUAUUUUGCUAUGCGGUCAGAAAUGACCAUAUAUGCAUAAAUACAAGGUAAAUUGAAAUCUAUCAUGGUGUACGACAACAAGCACACCAUCUAGAAGUAGUCAUCUUAGCGACGUACGAUGCUUGGAGCCUUGGAAGAUGCCGUUCUGUAGGCUCAUCCAACCAGAGUUUCUCACAGAAUUUCACACCACCGCUGGGAC